CCGUGACACGGCGGCCCAUACAGAAAAAGCCGCAGCGAAAUCUCGCCGGCGAUUUUUGUCCGGCCGGCGUCGCGUCUCUCUCUCCGUGCGGCGGCGGGAUGGCGGCGGACUGGGAGGGGAUCCACCCGAGGGAGCUGCGGCAGAUGGAGGAGAUCCGGGAGCUCGACAUGGAGGAGCUCAACGUCGAGACGGAAGAGGAAGGCGGCGGCGACGAGGAGGAGGAGGAGGAGGAGGAUGAUGAGGAAGAGGAGGAAGUAGACUACAGCCGCCUCCUCGCGGUGCACUCUUUCAGGAGGUUGGAUAGGAGGAAUGGACGGGCUAUCAGAUCCAGCCAUGAUGCCUCUCUGCACGGCUAUCUUGGUGAGGUCGAGGAUACACCGGGUAGAAAAGUUGCUCUCUUAGAUGCUGGCGCAAUCCUCAGCCUGCCAAUGCUCUUUCUUCACGGUGUCGUCCUAUUUCCUGAAGCUAACUUGCCUCUGAGACUAAUUGAGACUAGGCUUGUGGCAUCUGUUGAGAAGGCUUUGAGGCAUGUCGAUGCUCCAAACACAAUUGGCGUGGUUCUCAUGUACAGACGGCCAAAUCGUCGAUAUUAUUCUGGUGCUUCAGUUGGAACAACAGCAGAGAUACGGCAACUUGGACGGCUGGAUGAUGGUUCAGUAAAUGUUAAAGCACGCGGUCAGCAGAGAUUUCGUCUGAUCCGUCACUGGCAGGACGUUGAUGGGGUGGUGUGGGGUGAGGUUCAAAUAAUUGAAGAAGAUGCCCCUCUAAGAACUCCAAGAGAUGCAUUUGCACAGCUAGCUGCAUCUAGCAGCUUCCAACCGCAUACUUCUUCGCCUGUUACGAAUUUGGAUGUGUCAUUAAGCGAGCAGCAGGACCAUAUGGAUUCAGAUGUAGAUUGUGAUUCUUCAUCUCUCAAAAGUACUGCAAGUGAUCAUUCAAUGGUUGAUACAAAGAUUUACCAUUCAAGUUCACAAUCCAGCAAUUCAAUGAAGUUCUGCAUAUCUAGUCAGUCUGGCAAGAAUACCGAUAUGGAUGAGGAGGAUUAUGUUUGCUCGACACCACCCUCAAGCGCAAGAAAAACAGAUACAAAGCAACAACAUCAGUACAAUGCUGCUAGGUACCGAAAGCAGCCUUGUCAGGCAUCAUUAUCAUUUUGGCCUCAAUGGACUUAUGAAAUGUACGACUCAUAUGCACUUGCUCGCAGAGCUGCUGACUUGUGGAGACUGAUAAUAAAAAAGCAAAUCAUGGAUGAUUAUGUAACAAAACCUGAUCUUUUGUCAUUUUACAUCGGAAGCCAACUUCCAGUAUCAGAACCUCUCAGACAAAAAUUGCUAGAGAUUGAUGGAAUUUCAUAUCGCCUACGGAGGGAGAUCCAGCUUCUAAAUGCCUGCGACAUCAUAAAAUGUAGAUACUGCAAGUCUGAGAUAGCAAAACGCAGCGACGUGGUGGCGAUGUCUAGCGAUGGGCCUCUCGGUACUUACGUCAACCCUCAUGGUUUCGUGCAUGCGACAAUCACAGUGAACAAUGCAACUGGGCUUGCUCUUGAGGGGAGUCCUUCAAAAGUACACAGCUGGUUCCCAGGAUAUGCUUGGACUAUCGCAUCGUGUGCUGAGUGCGGGUCCAACAUAGGCUGGCUAUUCAGUACCACCAAGAAGCAUCUGCAGCCGAAGUCCUUUUGGGGGAUCCGUAGCUCCCAGAUUGCAGAUAUUGUGGAAGAAGAGCAAGGGAAAGAAUAAUGCACUCUCCAUGUACAUGUACAGCAAACUCUGUCUGGCUUCUGCUGCUUUCUUUUCCACUCCCCUAUUAGAACAUAGAGUGAGAGUGUGGCGCUUGGGUUAUAUCUAUCGUUCUCUCAAUUUUUAGCCAUAGUCCAUAUGCGCCGCCGUACCUGCCUUUCACCUUCAGAAUGGUAGCGGUAUAGUUCUUUGUAAAACUAAAUCACCUAUUUCGUUGGUGGUGUUGUACUGGCAUGCACUGUAGCUCCGUUAUUACAGAAAUUUUCUGGAAUGUAUGUGUCACAAGUCUA